AUGAAUAACUUAGAUCGCAUAUCGAGUACAUGCGACAGUGACAUAAAAACAAAUGGAUCAUGUAAUGGUGAAUCGGAAAUUGACAGUGAGAAUGAGAUCGAUGUGAUUUGUGAAAAUGGUGAUCGGGCGCACUUUGAAAACAAAAGUCCUCGUUUCCACAACCAUACAGAUUCCAGCGGUUUUUACUGUAAAAAUGUCUUCAAGGAUUACACAUCUAGUCACAUACCUAAUAAUCCCUUGAUGAACGAUAAUAAAAGUAAAACCUUUUUAAUAGAUAAUAUAUUAGGCAAUUUUAAGAGUAAGAAACAAGAAAAGCCAGAAACAAAUGAUAGCGAAGAUAAUUCUGAUGCGGGUGAUGAACAUAACGUAUCAUCAACAUCGACAUGUGCAGACCUAAGUGUGCUUAAUGGAGCAGAACUUCUAGCAGGCCACGCUUAUGCACACUGGCUGGCAACACGGCAGCCAUCUUCAAGUAUCUAUGAUGAUAAGGGCUGCAGAAGACCACGUCGAGCGGGGCCAGAACGGAAACCUCGACAAGCCUACAGCGCCAAGCAACUCGAACGGCUCGAAGCAGAAUUCAAACUAGACAAGUACCUGAGCGUCUCUAAGCGAAUGGAACUAUCAAAAGCCCUCGACCUCACAGAAGUACAAAUAAAAACGUGGUUCCAGAAUCGUAGGACUAAGUGGAAGAAACAAUUAACAUCUCGACUGAAGAUUGCUCAGCGGCAGGGCUUGUUUCCGGGGCACAUCUUAGCACAGGCACCGCAAGCAUACUCUCUUUUGAAUCCGUACGCUUACCCACCCCUUAAUUGUGUUUUCACACCUGUGACUCUGCCCUCAUCGCCACCGUAA